AUGCCUUCUUAUCUGAUCACCGGGACAUCUAGAGGGAUUGGAUGGGAGAUGUUACAGCAGAUAUCUAGCAAUCCGAGCAACACAGUCUUCGGUCUUGUUCGGAACAAGUCUGCUAUCGAAACCAAGGUGGCUCAAGAAUGGCCAGGAAGAUCCAACGUCCAUAUCCUACAGGGGGAUAUCACAGAAUAUAGCUCUCUUCAGGCUGCGGCCACUGAAGUAGCGAAUAUUACUGGCGGUGGACUCGAUUAUCUCAUCGCCAAUGCCGGUGCAGUCGCUCACUUCGAUGCGUAUGACCCAAUUGGAGUACUUGGGGAGAAGCCCGAGGCUCUUGAAAGAGAACUCAUGCAUCUCCUGAGAGUGAACGUUGUGGGUAACAUUCAUCUCUUCAAUGUGUUUGUUCCCCUUAUACGUCAAGGCCAGGGAAAGAAAGUCAUCGCUAUUACUAGUGGACAGGCCGCUCUCGAUAUGAUUCCUAAACUGAGCAUAGAGUUGUCGGCACUUUACGCUAUUAGUAAAGCAGGCUUGAACACUGCUGUGGCUAAAUUUAGUGCACAGUAUAACAAGGAAGGAAUCCUCUUUAUGAGUAUCUGUCCAGGUCUAGUGGAUACCGGGCGUUACAAUGAUGCAAGCCCGGCGCAAGAAGCACGCGUGAAAAAGAUGAUGCACUCCUUUGCGGAGUAUGCGCCAAACUUCAAAGGUCCCAGUACCACCGAGUCUUCCGUCAAAGACAUUCUCUCCGUCAUGGAAAACGCAAGUGUGGCAAACGGGGAUGGUGGAUCUUUUGUCUCGCAUUUUGGGAACCAGCAAUGGUUGUAA